AGUUUCAAGGUGUUUCAACAGGCAAGAAAAUGCCCAAAUCCCUAAUUUCCUUUUUCCUGUUGUGAUUCAACAAUCAACAAUCCAUAUUUUAAACAUCCGAUCAGUCAGCAGUGCAAAACUCCGGCAGAGCAGCUGUGGGCGAUCGAAUCUAAACCUCCAUCGACUGCACACUUAAGCACAAACUACAAUGGCAUGGUUAUCUCGAGCUCGUGUGGUUUCUUCAGCUUUAUUUGGCAAGCGUGCUUUUAGCUCUUCUUCCAAUGCUUUUACAGACGCCUACAACCCGAUGUUCUCUCUAGACAUAAGUUCACAAGUCGGCAGUUGCAUGCCCAUAUCCAUGAUGCGAAUUGGAACCAUAAUUCAUAACAUUGAAGUCAACCCGGGUCAAGGAGGGAAGCUGGUUCGUGCAGCCGGCACCUCCGCAAAGAUCUUAAAGGAACCGAGCGCCUCGAAACUGUGUUUGAUCAAGCUGCCUUCGGGUGUGGAGAAACUGAUUGACACUCAGUGCAGGGCAACCAUUGGGGUGGUGUCAAACUCAGAACACAAGGACAAGAAGCUCAGAAAGGCUGGUCAUAGCCGGUGGCUCGGGCGCAGGCCUGUGGUUAGAGGAGUGGCUAUGAACCCUGUGGACCAUCCUCAUGGUGGUGGUGAAGGUAAAAGUAAGAGUAGCGGUUGUAGGGGUCGGGGUUCGGUUACUCCGUGGGGGAAACCGACCAAGGGUGGUUACAAAACUGGUCCACUCAAGAAAAGGAAAUAAUUCAAUAGUGAAAUUUGAAUGUUUGGUGUGUUUUAGAGGAUGCUGAUUUUGCACUUUGGUGCAAAUGUUUUGAGAUGCUCUUGAUUUUAGAUCAUGUUUAUGGUAUUUCAUAAUAAUAUUUUGGAUUUUUGAACAAUUCAGAUAAUUUGAUAAUGAGGUAUGAUUUAGACCAAGUA